UUGUCCACAAACAAUUAAAAAUAAAUUGACAAUUCACGAUACGUACAAAAUCAGCAUUCUAUAAAUUAUAAAAAAUCUUUGUAAAAAAGCAGUAAAAAUAUUUUUAGGAAUCAAUAAAAUUGUGUUUAGACAACAAAAUGAAAUUAUCAGUGUUUUGGAGUUAGUACCUAAAGUUCGUUAUACUACAAUUACAAUGACUGAUAUUAAUAUAAGCAAAGCUUGUAAACAACGCUUCAAAGGUAUCGAACAUUUUUUACGCAGGAUUGCUUUUAAUUUAGGCAACACCCCAUCACAGACUGAAGUUAAAAUCAUUUCAUGCAUCCCCGUUGACGUGACCGAUUUGCAGGCGAAAAUACAAUUCUUAGAAAGGCAACUGCAAGAAACGGGUAGAUGCCAUGACAGGAUAUCAAAAUCAAAGACAUCCGUACAAGUAACACCGCCGCUAGGACCUCUGAAAGGACGUAGAGAAAUCGACAAAGGAGGUGAAGUCAGUGAUAAGGGCGGUGCAGUUGAAAGAGUGCAUUGCAGUUGCAGAUUUGGUGAAACGAACGGUGCAGUUGAUAUAAAAAAUGGUGCAGUCGCUGAUAAAAACGGUACAGUCAGUGAUAAGAACGGUGCAAAGGACAAUGUAAUUGGCGAUAGGGGCGGGGUAAUUGAAAGAGUGCACUGCAGUUGCAGAAUCGGUGAAAUGAACAGUAUAGUCGAUAAGAAAUAUGGUGCUGUCAAUGAUAAGAACGGUAAGGUCAGUGAUAAGAAUGUUGUCAAGGACAAUGAAGUUAGUGAUAAGGACGGGGCAAUUGAAAAGGUGCACUGCAGUUGCAGAGUUGGUGAAAUUAACGUUGUGAUCCGUAAGAAAAAUGGUGCAGUUGGUUAUAAGAACGGUAUAGUCUGUAAUAAGAACUGUGCAAAAGAUAAUGUAGUUGGUGACAAGAGCGAGGCAGACAAUGAAAAGAAUGAUGCAGUUAGUAAUAAAUCUAGUAAACCCAAUACAGGCGCGGUAGUGAACAGCAUUCUAUAUAGAGGGUCUUACGCCAAUCAGUCUAAGACUAUAGCUUACUCGAACGAUAAGUCGCUAAGAAGCGACAGAUUACGUUACAAGCCUUAUAGCGGCAGCGGCGCAUCCCGGCACAGAAAAUCUAAUGUCUCCUUUGUUUUACCCCCCGUAGCGACCACGGAUAGAGAAGAACAAGCAUAUUGUAGCACUAGUUCCUAUGAAAACACUGAUCCGGAUAACCCAGUCAAAAAUAUCGCCGAGGCCGAACGGAAACUAGCUGCAGCUGAACGUUAUUAUAAUAAGCUAUUUAAAAAGUCGAAAAGGAAGAAAAAAGCUGACAGGGGAAAGAGUAAAACGAAAACACACCUAAUAUAUUUCGCCCAACAUAUCGAAAACAAUCCUUUCAAUACGAAUGCUUCGUUGAAUCUUUAUGAAACUUUGAAUAACAAAACCGUGUCACUAAGCGACGCAUAUUUAGAUAACGUAAUUCGAAAACAAUACGAUCCUCAAUUUGUCGUCCAGGAAUUUUCAGACACCAGUUACUUUUCACGACCGAUUUGCAGAGAUACUAGUGAAAGGUUUGCACGUUCGGGUCUGUAUGAAUCCGAUGUGUGUUCGUGCUGCCACGGACGAUUUCAAAAUAUCGAUAACUAUAUGCCGAAAGGUUUCGAUUUCGUAAAUAAAUUGACACAGUGCGAACCAAACUACACAAACAGAACAUAUUACGAUUCAAAUCUCUAUGACGUUGUACCUGUAAAAGAAAACACAAAUAAGCUACUAAAGGAAAGUAAUUCGCCUAAAAAGGACAUAGAAAUAAAAUGUUGGCCUGAACAAUUUCGCAGCAAAUAUCGAGACGAUCCCAAGACAGCUAAGUACCAAACUUCUCUGAAACGACGUGAUAAUUUAACUGCCCAAACAAUAUACCAUAAGGGGAAAUCAGAGCAAUAUAACGUGCAGCAAAAGCGAAUCAAUAAACACAUUCACGAAAUAAGUAAGGUACCUCCAAAGACAUGUUAUAUUCAUUAUAGUGACGCUGACAAAAAUGACGAUUUCUCUUCAGCUAAGGUACAAAAAUCUGAACCCGUUAAGACAAUUAUGCUCAAAAACGAAUCAAUCGACACAGACGAUUCAAACACGAAUCUUCUCUUCAGCAACCAGAGCACGCAGCUGGAGUUAGUUCCAGAUGAUAACAAAACGGAAUCAACUUUAAAUCAGAUAAAAAGUAUCUUGCAAUCCGUUCUAGCAGAGGUUAAAACAAAAUCAAAAGUAAAUGGCUCUAUGGAGAAAACGUCGAAAAGAGAUGCGGUUGUGCAAAAAGGACCUUCUCAAAAUAACAUGCAGGGCCAAUCGACUCUACUCCAUAGCUUCACUUACAAUAAUUCUUACAACGCAAACCCUUACUUGCCUUCCUGUUCACGACAACUUUCGGCUGGCCAAUAUUGCUUAGCGGGCGUGCCUUACCAACCUUCUAUAAAGUAUUUACAAAACUUUCCAGUAUUCGUCCAACCUUCAAGACGACGCUUAUGCGCCUGCUAUCACAAACAUUGUUCGCAUAAAUCUUCAAAGUAUAAGCAAGCCUCAGCGGCCGCCACCAACACAGACAAAUACCGAGCCGGAGAAAUACAGAAGAAUGAUGGAAACAAAGAAAUAGAAAAACUCAUCAAAGAAAUUCAUAAGUCUAUGGCUGCUACUAUGGACUUUCCGACAAAAGAAAAUUCCGUGAGCGAGAAAAAUGUGAGAAGUAUCGGUACAGUCGUAGAUAAACGUGACAUUGAAAUUGAAGCAUUGCUUCUUUCAAAGGUGCCAAAUAAUAGUAGACUAGUAUACAACACCAGUACCCAGUCGAGAGACAUGGCACGAUCGAUCGAGGAGCACCAUUACGAUAAGUCUAUAGCAAACGAAAGAAACCAUGAAAAAAUAUUACAUAGAUGCGAACGUAGCGCUGAGCCUAUCCUUGAGGAUGACGAAGAAACCGAUACGUCCAGUGGCGAUACUGAAGACGAAGAUAUCGUUAAGGAAUCCGAAACACCGGAUAAACAAGAAAUGAAAGGCCUCCUGAAAACAAUGUUCAAUUCAGUAAAAAUGUUUAAAAAAAGAAAAACAGACCAGAAAAUACAAAGCGAAAGUGAAGCUUCCGGUGCAAGUGACUCUGACGACUACGAAACUAUCUACAGUGGCAGGACAGCUGUACUGCAGCCGAAGAACCACAGACGGAGCUAUCAACACCAAACUUACACAAAAGGACGAUUCGAGGAACAAAAUGCGUUGAGACCGAUACACGGAAAGGGUAGAAGGUCACCAUAUUUGGAGCAAGAGUACAGGCGGCAGUGGAACGAACGACUCAUGUUCAACAAGCAAGAGAGGAAAUAUUCCUCCGAACGACGUAUCUCCAAACCAUCACCUCUAGAAAAUUCACAGCCUGUGUAUUGGACUAACUACGACGCUAGAAGCGUCUUGGUUGACAACAAGCGAAGCCCGCUCAAAUAUGUAAAUUCUAAAGCGAAGACGAAUGAAUUAAAGCGUGAUUCGCUCGAAAAACUAAACGGUGGCACUACUCGAAUGAAAGAGAAUCGUGGAUGGUUUAAGAAACAUAAGGUAGUUAAUUGUGGAGAACAGUGGAAGAAGUUUGUAUUGGAGAACUGAUGUGUUCGUUUAAAAAUAUUGGCAUAAGCUACACACAGUACCGCCGCAGAUAGAUAUAAUCUGUUUUUCCUAAGCUAACUCAAAAUAAAACGUA